AUGAAGCUCCUUCUCAUCGGCGCGGUGGCUGCCGCGCUGGCUCAGUCGACCUCGGCGGCAUCAUGCGCGAUCUCGACGCUCUCCAAUCUGCUUACGAACCAGUACAUCGACCAAUGCUCCGCAGACUCCGGAUACGUCUUCACGACGGGUGUCAAGCCCGUCCCGGCAGAGGUGGCUGGUAUGUGCGCGUCGGACGCGUGCCACAGUCUCCUGGCUGACGUGGUGGCCAUGGACCUGACCGACUGCACGCUGCCUAUUGGCGACAAGAUCUACUUGUUCGCCGACUUGGUCGACUACGUGUCAGACCAGUGCGAGGACGAGGAGAUUCCCGUUCCAACCACCGCCACGCCCCAGCCGACGACGGCGGCACCAACUCCGGCACCCACUGCAACUACCCCGGCACCGACGACAGCCAUCGCUUCAUGCACUUCAACCCAGCUGAAGUAUCUGCUGACUAGUACCUACGAGAAGCAGUGCAUUGCCGACACGGGCUAUCCAUUCACUUCACCGUAUUCGCCCACCGAUGCCCAAGUUGCCGCCAUGUGUGCAUCCGAGUCAUGCGUCAAUCUCUUUGCUUACGUCGGGUCAAUGGUGACAACCGACUGUCGGAUUCCAGUAGGCGGUAAGAUUCUUCUUCUUGCCGACUUAGUAUACUAUGUCUCGGACCAAUGCAGUCCGUUGACCACUGUACCGACCACGACAACCCCGGCAUCAACGACCGCAGCACCGGCAACGCCGACAGCGACAACGGCGACGCCCGUGGCGGCGUGCGCCACCAAGACCAUUACGGCGCUGCUCACGGACAGCUACAUCGACCAGUGCGCCUCCGACUCGGGGUACGCGUUCACGUCCGGCGUGCAGCCCGACGCGGAGGAGGUCGCCGGCAUGUGCGCGUCGAGCGCGUGUGCCAACCUGCUUGCCGAUGUGGAGGCGAUGGGUCUGUCGGAGUGCUCGCUGCCGAUCGGAAACAAGAUCUACCUGUUCCGAGACCUCGUGGACUACGUGUCGGACCAGUGCAGCGGGUCAACCACCACUGCACCCUCGACAACAACGACGGCCCCGGCAACCGCAGCACCGACAACAACGACCCCGGCAUCAACGACCGUAGCACCGACUACCGAGACGACCGCACCGGCAGCGGAGCCGCCCGUGACCUCAGCGUCUGGGUCUGGUUCGUUAAAUGGCGAAUCUCCUAGUACUGAUGCUCCAAGUACUAAUUCUUCGAGCGCCGCAUCAUCAGCGACUGGUUCUUCUGCUACGUCGACGUCUGGCUCGGAGUCGUCUAGUGCCGAAUUACCAAGUACCAGCACUCCCGAGACGGAAUCUCCCAGCACGAGCUCCCCGUCAACACCGAGUUCAUCCACCAAUUCUUCGACAACCGACGACACCCCAGAGCCAACAGCACCGACGCACGAAGCGUGCUAA